ACUUGGCAAUGCCGGGACUCACCAGCAGGAUGUGCUAAAGGCAAUGCUGUAUGAAGUUCAGAAAACCAUGAUGCCAUGUUGCUCAGAAAAGGCAAUUUAAUAGUUGUUUUUAAAUUUGAAUGUUUUUGUAUAGGGGCCGUAACGGUGUCUACAGUCAGUCGAAAUUUACUCAGAGUACAUCCCUAAGAAACAAAGUAAUUUCAGAUUGUACCUAAGAUUUUUGAUUCUCUCUGAGUUUUAGUAAGCUUGUACUAUUUAAUGCAUGUUUUUUUUCUUGCCCUGUGCUUCUGGACACUGGAUCCAGGUGCACUUAGACCCUGUACUACCUGAGCUGUUAUGGAAGGUGGAUGGCUGAAAUAAAAAUACAGUACCCGUCAAAAGUUUAGACACACCUACAGAAAACCAUUUGUUUUUCAACAAGAUUGCGACCUUUAGCAUGCUUCAAGGUUGUGUAAGUGCUCUAUUAUCCUGUGAACAUGGAAAGAGAUGGAGUGCUGUGACAGAUGACCCGGCCCCCACAAUCCCCCGACCUAAACCCAAUAGAGCUGCUUUGGGAUGAGUUGGAUGGAAGAGUAAGAGCAAGGUAGCCGACUUGUACCCAGAACCUGUGGAAACUCCUUCAGGACUGUUGGAGAAGCUUUCCAGGAGGCUACAUCUGGAAGCUGGUUGAAAGAGUUUGCAGUGCUAUCAUCAAAGCAAUAGGGAGCCAAUUUGAUGAGUAAAAUUUAAGAAAAUCACAUAGCUAAAACAGAUAGAUGCAUUAAAAUCUGGUGUGUCCAGACUUCUGACUGGUACAUUGUAUUAUAUAAUAGCUGUACUUAAUAAAUCCAAAAUAAAAAAUCAUUCUGUUCUAGAGUAGGGGUGGAGUAGUGGCUAUGAGGUUAGGGAUCUGUGCUGGUAGUUGGAAGUUUGCUGGUUCAAAUCUUGUGAAUGACAGGAUGCAAGGCCCUUAAUGUGCAAUUGCUCCAUCCUGGGUAUGGUGUUAAUCUACAUCCGGCCCUGUAAGCAGGUUCUCCAACUUUCUGGGAAAAUUUGGGGGUUGGUGGCAGGAUCGGCACUCCAGCCACCAGAAAAAACUUCACACUGUUGUGUUCCUCUCAAACUAGUGUGGUGCUGAGAUAUGACCCGCUGCACUCAGGUUCUCAUUCCUGAGGUGGGUCGUUGGGUGAUGAGUGUAGUUCACACUCUUUAUUUCUCUCAACUGCAGGGACUACUCAAAACUCAGCACAUAAAUAUGAAUUAGCUGGACUGAAUACUAUUUUCUUAGCGGCAUUCUGAAGUGAAGAUUAGUUUAACAGAAAAUAACAGUUUCACGUUAAAGGUCGUUCUUGGUAAUCGGUAACUUGGCUGUUUGACAGGCAGGAAUGACUCAGUCGAAUAUAGGAAUGACUUUCACUCUCUUUCAGUUACCGCUUACUUGGACGCACUAUAUAGACCUUUGUGCACAUCUGACGAUGCACCUGUCCAUUGCACAGCACACUUGCAUGCCCACACAUUCACACACUGAUGGAUAAUAAAAUCAAAGGGGUUAGGAAACAGGAGCACAAACAGGAAACACAUGCAAGAUGUCAGCGUUGCACAGGCUGAGCUGGGAGCCAGUCUGAACCCAGAGCUCUCUCAAGCCGCUGUCCCCAGAAAUUAAUUAAAAUGCAUAAUCAAGUGCAGAGAGUACAGUGCAUGCUCCAGUCUUGCUGGAUUUUGCAGUAUCUUCCUGGAUGCCUUUUAGGAUUCUUUCCAUCCUGUUUGCAGCAGCUAGGCGCGUAAGUUGGAAUCUCUCACUGAAUGGCUGCAUGGGUACAUGGUGGUUCCUGCAGCAGGCCAAUGUUGUGGUGCCACAGAGGGCAACCAGAUCCUUGCUAAAACCACUAGAAAAAAUAACCAACAUUUCCUCCAGCCCACUGUAACUGCAAUUUACUGGCCACCUAAAAUCAUCAAAGGAUAACAUUUUCUGGGAGAGAAAAAUCAUGCAAGUUUUGUUUACUAAACGGCCUGACAUGGAGCUAUUUAAAACAAUGAUCAUGACUCUUAUGGCUCGAGCCAAAUUAACGAUAUUGCUCACAUAUUGCAUUAAAAUAUUGGUUGCAUGUUACAGGCAAGCUUACCAAGAGUCAAGAAGUUUAUUGGCCAUGUUAAAUGGAUGCAUUGGAAUGUUUGCUCGUCCGGCCACACUUGGGUUACAAAGAGACUACAGGCAGUGCAAAAUAGUGCAGAGGUCUGACAGAGUGCAAAAACUAGAUAAUUAUGCUGAUAUACAGAAGCUCACAGAACGUUUUACUUAAUUCUGCAAAAAUGUUGCAGAUUUAUUGGUUUCAUAAUAGAAGUCCAUUGACAAGCAACGUUUAAUAUCUUCUGCACAUAUAUUUUAUUUGUAAUAAAUGUGUAUUUUUUUGACUGACAGUUUUUUUUUGCCUUUUUGGUCUUAAUUGUGAUUGGUUGAUUUGGCUCUCAAAGGGAUAUUAAAAACAAAUGUUUGAUAUUUUAUGUUAUUGCAGAGGUGCUACUAAUUAAAACGCACUACGAUAAGACUGCUUGUCAAUUAACUUUUUCCUUUAGAACUAUAAUUUGGGUUUCAAUUUAUUACUAUACUUGAAAUGAAUAUUCUAUUUAAAACUACUGAAUGUUUGUAAUGUGAUUCAUAUAUUUUUGUAAACGAAUAAUAAUAAUAAUGAUUUUUGUUAUAAAACCAAUACAUUUUCGAGAUUUUUACUGAAUUAGGCAAGUUUCUGUGAGUUUUGUAUGCUGAUAUAGUGGUUUCAUGGAUGUGACUGUCGAGGGAAAUGUGGUCAUUGGAAAUGCAAACAAUCCGGGCAAGGAACCUAUUCCUGGAUCUGCUAGUCAGUGUCCUGAUGCUGUGAAACCUCAUACCAAACUGCAGGGGGGUGAAGAGUUUGUGGCUGGGGGUCCUGGAUAAUAGACUGAACCACCCAGGGUGUCCCCUGCCUUGUGCCCUGUGAUCUUCUGAGCAGACUUCACGACCCCCUGUACGGCCUUCCUGGCAUGAGCUGUGGUUCUAUCACACCAUCCUCUGAUAUUCCGAACUGCUCCCUGAUGUCCACUAUAACCUCAUGUGUUUCAGUGACCUUCAGGGCGAGGUCGCUGUCCAUGGAACCUGUUCACCUCACCCACUACACCAGUUUUCUGGCUGAUAAAAGGGUGUAUUUAUCUGAAUGUCCAUCUGUAUUGUAAUGUUUAAAUUCACAUCAACUCAAGGUUCUCGCUUGCUUUCAUACUUCAAGUAUACAUUAUGGUGGACGGUGAGGAUCAAAAUAUCAUUAAAAUGAGUGGAAAACCUAGCUGCCUCUGAUUGAACAAUGGCCUCUGUACUACAGACGUAGAGAUCGCGGGUGGUGCAGCUCUCUCAGAAGUGGAGGAGAUGACAGACCAUUCCUGGGACAAUUCCUUUGCCUGUUUGCUAACAGGGAGGACAUUUCAAACCUCGACAUGCUCAACUAAGUGUCUUUCUGGUUAAUAUCACAUUCUAGUUAAGUUCAUGACUUUUCUGCAGACCAAAAUAUUUCAACAUAUUGUAUUUUAUUGUGUUGAUAUAUAAGUAUAAUGGAUAAAUAGUUAAACCAGAACUCAAAUAAUUUGUACUUCCUGUUUUUUUGAUAGACCACUAGAGGGCAGAUGUUUUGCAUGUGAUGCCUUGUCACAGCACCAGUUGUGGAUGAAGUACUGGUGUAUUUAAAAAGGGCUGUGAAAAUCGCAGCAGUUUCCUGUGCUUUUCUCUUUCUGCAGAACAACUGCAAGGUGAGUCCAGCUGGCACAGACUGGAGGUGGCCGCAGUGGUCCUAGUGUCCUCCAUUUUGAUGUUUGUAGCUAUCCUGCUGGGUUUGUGUAUGGCUCAGGGAUAUCGCUGUGCCCGCUGCAAGGCCCAAAAUCCCGAUUUGGAGGAGCCGCUGGAUGAUCAGAACCUCAUGGCCCCCAAAAUGUGUCUCAGGGACCUUAUCUACAAUCUCAACUCCUCAGGAUCUGGAUCAGCAGGACUUCCGUUGUUGGUCCAGAGGACUAUUGCUAGAAGUAUUAUCCUCCAGGAGAUCAUUGGGAAGGGCAGCUUUGGUGAGGUGUGGCGGGGCGUAUGGAAUGGGCAGGAUGUGGCCGUCAAGAUGUUCUCAUCCCGGGACGAGUGGUCCUGGUUUCGAGAGGUGGAGAUCUAUCAGACAGUCAUGCUGAGGCACGAGAACAUCCUGGGCUUCAUAGCAGCCGACAACAAAGAUAACGGGUCGUGGACCCAGCUGUGGCUGGUGUCAGAGUACCAUGAGCACGGCUCCUUGUUCGACUACCUGAACAGGCACACGGUCUCCAUGGAGGCCACACUUGUCCUGGCUCUCUCUGUAGCCAGCGGGCUGGCUCACCUGCACAUGGAGAUCAUUGGCACUCAGGGAAAACCCGCCAUCGCUCACAGAGACUUAAAGACCAAGAACAUCCUGGUGAAGAAAAACGGCAGCGCGGUCAUCGCUGAUCUGGGCCUGGCAGUGAAGCACGACUCCAUCGCCAACACCAUUGACAUUCCAUCCAAUCACAGAGUGGGAACCAAAAGGUACAUGGCUCCAGAGAUCCUGGACGACUCGAUCAACGUGAGCAACUUUGAGUCCUACAAGCGGGCAGAUAUUUACUCCCUUGGCCUGGUGUUCUGGGAGCUGGUCCGGAGGUGUUCUCUGGGCGGGAGCUGUGAAGAUUACCAGUUGCCUUACUAUGACAUGGCGGGAUCAGAUCCUUCAGUAGAGGAAAUGAGGAAGGUUGUCUGUGACCAACAAGCCAGGCCCAGUAUUCCAAACCAGUGGCACAACUGGGAGGCACUGAGGAUCCUGGGAAGGACGAUGAGGGAGUGCUGGAAUGCCAACCCCGCUGCCCGACUCACCGCCUUGCGAGUUAAGAAGACCAUCACGCAGGUGACCGUCGUCAAGACCAACUGAUUAGCUGAGCCGCUGCUGCACCAAGGCAACUGGCCCCUCCAAGCAGGACACUAUUCUCCAGCCUAUCGGCCAUGUUGUCUUCUUGCUGUGCUGGUCAAUGUACGUCACUCUGCAUGAGAGUACAUCAGGUUAAAAAAAAAAAAAAAUCCGUCAGACGUUAUACCAAGCAGCCAGCAAUCUAAAGCUGACACAGAAGUUGACCUCCUCAGGUGAGACGUCCUGCUUACAUACUGAUUAUGGGCAGGUUUUCAUGUUACCUCAUAAACGCUGAAGCGCCCAGACUUGAAGCUGGCCAGUAACUCACAUUGGUGCUAUAAACAUAACAUAAGAGUUAAUGAGGAUCACAUCACAGGGCUGUCAUGCAGAAUUACAUACCACACAGGGGUCUUGUCCGUUUAUCACGCAUAUCUCAAGGGGACCCAUUACUUUAGUCUCCAUACCAGACAAAACAUUUUCCUCUCCUUGUGUAGGAAAAGUUGGUCUGUUUUCAGUGCUACUGAACAUUUGUAGGACAAUGUGCUGGUGGACCACAGGCAAUCGAGAAUGUGAUAGGAGGAGCUUAAGAGAAGCCAGAGAAAAAUCCACUUAACCAGCUAAAAAAAGGUCUUUAGCUAGAUCAACUUAUUUCAGCUUAACGGACGUUUCACAUAAGGAAGGACACUUGAUGUCCUCUUGCAGCUCUCUCCGUCUAGCCGUCCUACCGUAUAAACCAGUGAUUCCCCAACCUGCUCCUUGGGGUCCCAAUACCAGUUUACAUUUUUGCUCCCUCCCAGCUUCCUGCUAGACGGUCCAUGUUUUUCCUCCCUGUCAGCUCCUUACCAGGACAAAAACGUGGCCUGUCUGUGGGUCCACAAGGACUGGAUUGAGAAACACUGCUAUAAACCAAUUAAUGCAACAAGGGUUAUUAGAUUUUAAUUGCUUACAUUAUCGCUGCUAUAGGUAACCAGUUGCAGAAAAGCUAAGAAACUCAGUUAAACUCAGGUCUAUAUGCCUCAUGAGCAUCAUCAGGAGGAAGAGGAAGGUGAAGCAGCAUGUAUCACCGGUUCUCAGAUCUCUCCUCAGGAAUUGCCUGCAGCUCUGUGACUCGGACUGCGGGAUUUAUCAAACCACGCCAUUAAGCAAACACCUCAUUCUGUACAUAUUUUUAAAAGGCCAAUGUCAAGUGUAAAUAGCAGAAAUAUUUAUAUUUUAUAUAAAAAUUCUUAUGUCCUUUGUUUUUUGUUGCUUGUGUUGUAAGUAAAGAAAUUGUAUUAUUAUUUUCAGUGCAUAGUUUGUAUGUAACGUCUCAUUGGACAUACUUGUAUGAAGAUGUUUAUGUGUUUUUUUUGUUUGUGGAAGCUGCUGGUUGACGAAGCUCAUGGUGAUGUCAGUGGU